CUCGGCACCUGCACCUCGGGAAGAGCCGGUCCUUCAAGACAAUAAAGCGCAGCCGUUCUGGUUUCUUUUGAGGAAGCUGAAGUUUCACUUUCUGCUUUCCUCUGAAUUACACACAAAUGAUGUCAGGGAUGGAGCACAUAAAAGAGACAUCAUAGCAACAUUGAACAGCACUCCUCUGACUGUGAAGCUACCUUGAGAAGACUAACAGAAUAAGGAAAACCAUGAGUGCAGUUUCCAAGGAUCCAUUGAAGAGCUCCCUGCUGCAGCUAGAAUGUCAUUUUACAUGGAAUUUGCUGGAGCAGGAUGUGGAUCUAGAUAACCUAGAGGAAAAUCUAGAUGAUCAGACAGAGUUUUUCACAAGCAACAACGUUUUCAAUUACAAUCUGCUAUCCUAUAUAUGCCACCUAAAGAAUUCAAAUGUGGAAGCCCUGAGAAAUCUCCAAAGAGCUGAAGAAGCAGCUAAAAAAAAUAAUCCAGAUGAAAUCAACAAGAAAAAUCUUGUUACCUGGGGGAACUAUGCCUGGAUCUAUUACCACAUGGAGAGGUAUAAAGAAGCCCAAACUUAUGUAAGCAAAGUGGAAAACACCUGCAAAAAGCUUUCAAGUAGUGCCCAAUGGAAGACUCAUCUUCCAGAGAUCUAUGCUGAGCAAGGAUGGGCAUUAUUAAAGUUUGGGAGAAAAUACUUUGAGAGAGCAAAGAAUUGCUUUGAAACUGCUCUGAAGAAUGAACCCAACAACCCAGAAUUUAACGCUGGCUACGCAAUAGCAAUGUAUCGUUUGGAAAACCUUUCUCCCAGCGCAGGUGAAGAUGUAAGCUCAACCCUCGAAUCCCUGAAGCGUGCAGUGGAACUGAAUCCAACAGACACCUGCCUUAUGGCAUUGCUUGCAUUACAAUUUCAGGCCUUAGGGAGAGAUGAUGAAGGGGUGAAAUACAUUGAAGAAGCAAUGCAGAAAACCCCUAAUCUUCCUUAUUUACUGCGAUAUGCUGCUAAAUUUUACAGAAAGAAAGGUGAAGUGGACAAGGCAGUGAAGAUUUUGAAAAAGAGCCUAAAAGUGACACCAGAAUCUGCCUUUUUGCAUCAUCAGAUAGGACACUGCUACAAAGUAAUGAUGUUUCAACAGGAAAGAUAUCUAUCUCGAGAGGAAGCGCAAGAACUCCUCCAACUUUCUAUUUUUCAUUUUAAAACAGCAACUAAGAAAAACAGUAAAUUUUUUCUUGCCUUUAUUGAUCUAGCAAAUAUGUAUGCAAAAGAAAAGAGGUAUGAAAAAGCAGAAGAGGCAUUUCAGAAAGCAUUUCAGAUAAAUAUUUUAUUUGAUGAUGACAAGCAAUUUUUUUACUACAAUUAUGGCAAAUUUCAGUUGCAUCAUAUGAAAUCUGAAUCUGAAGCCAUUAAGUAUUUUUUAGAAGCACUGAAAAUUAAGGAAGAGUUUCGAAGAGAAAGGAGCAGGGAUUCUCUGUUGAAAUUGUUGGGUCAGCGAAUUGAGAGAGGUUCAGAAGAUGCAACAGAUUUUGGUACACUUGGACUCAUUCAUAAACUAAAUGGUGAAAAACAAGAAGCAAUUGAGUGCUAUGAGAAAGCUAUUGCAUUGUGUCCUGACAGUGAAGAAUAUCGGAAUGAAUUAUGUGAGCUAAAACUUUCCAUCUCAAGCUAAAGCCCUGAAGCUCCCCAAAAUCCUUAACACAGACAAAAAAACAUGCCAAAACCAAGGUCACUUCUACAAGCUCUUAAAUUUAUUUAUCUAUUAAAGGUUGUAGUUAUAACCAGGUAGAACACCUGAUAACAUCAGUUUCUGUUGACAAUAUAGAAACUGCAGGUGAUGAUGAUCUCUUUGUUCAUUCUCUAACAGAGAGUGCUUCUAAAGACUAAAUAGUAGCUAAGCUAUCUUAGGCUUCAGUGCUAGCGUUGGUAUGAAAGUUGUGUUUAAGAAAAAUAUCCACUGCUUGGCUUAGUUCACUGGAAUGCUUACAAAAUAUACAUUAUUGCUGUGCAUUAUUAAUGAGCAUUGCAUUCAUCAGCUGUUGCUUCUGGUAUUGCUCUGCUGACUUCCUAAGAAAGAACUGAUGACCCAGGUCAAGGGGUAAUGGAUGGAAGUUGGAGCAUAGGAGGUUCCAUGUAAACACAAGAAACAGCUUUUUUACUGUGAAUGUGACAAAAC